CUAAACUGUACUGCUUUAACACCGAAUAUUUACAAAUCUGUUCUCCGACUGCGUGCGCUGAGUAAUUAUCGCUAAUUCUGAGUCAUAUACCAUCACUCCAAACCACUGGUUUCUCACAUAAUCAGAUUUACUUGAUACGAUUGUCCCACCAACUCAAAUUGAUCACUAUACGCACAACUUCUCAACCGAAUACUCCCAAGGUAUAUUGCUGUACCCCGCUCACAAAAUCGCCAAUUCUCAAAAUGUACGAGAUUUGCGUCCAGUCUCUCAGGCCGGUGAAGACUGUGGCAAUUAAAUCUCCCAUACCGACUCCUGGUCCGAACCAAGUCUGCAUUAAGGUUAUUGCAACAUCUUCUAACCCUAAGGACUGGCAAGUCCCUGCUAUCUUCCCUGAGCGAUGUGCAAAUGAAGGCGACGAUAUCGCAGGAGUCGUUCAUGCAGUGGGUGCCGAAGUCCAAGAAUUUCGGUUGGGUGAUCGUGUCGCUGGCUUUCAUCGCAUGUUAGAACCUCAUGGAAGCUAUGCCGAGUAUGCAAUCGAGCCAGAAGUUUCAACUUUCCAUCUGCCACCCAACAUAUCCUUCGAGGCUGGUUCUACAAUCCCGCUUACAGCAAUGACUGCUGCUAUUGCGCUGUUUCAGCAUCUAAUGCUUCCUCUGCCGUGGCAAACCCUUCACGAAAGCAUGCCGAAGUACGGCGCUUUAUUGAUAUAUGGUGCCGGAAGUGCUGUUGGAGCAUGGGCUUUGAAAUUGGCAAAGCUUGUCAAAGAAAACAAGAGUUUGGGAGUCGGACCUAUCAUUGCUGUUGCCGGGACAAGCUCGCUGGAACUGGUUGAAAGUUUUAAGGCUGCUGACUAUAUCGUUGACUAUAAGCAAGGCACAGUUGUUGCAGACGUGAGGAAGAUUUUGGAGAAGGAAGGGAAGGAACUCCGUCAUGCGUUCGACGCCAUUUCGCACAGCGAUACCAAGACUUGGGAGAAUGUCUUCCCUUGCUUAGCGAAAAAAGGUACGGUUUGGAUGAAUAUGACUGAUCCGUCUGAGGAGUCUGUGGUAUGGCCAUCAAACAUGGUGGUCAGUCGAGUGUAUGUGUCAGGAGCUUAUGGCGAGCAUGAUCCUGAUGGAUAUCGGAAUCGGGAAGAUGCAAUUCUGGACGGAGAAUUUUCCUACUGCAUGUAUAGAUACAUUGCACGGCAAUUAAAGCAAGGGAGAGUGACUCCUCACCCGUAUGUGGUGCUAGAAAAGGGGCUCGAGUCUGUGGCCAAAGGACUUCAAUUAUUGUAUGAUGGAAAAGUCCAUGGGAAGAAGUUGGUGUAUCGUGUUGCUGAUACUCCCCACCUCGAAGAAUAUCAUGUUUGAGGCAAGUCAAUUGGGAUACCUUCAUGAAAGCCCAUUCAGGCUU